CUCCACCCCACUCCCUCCGCGCUACCCAUCCGACCCGACCCAGCGAAAUACUCACUUGACUGCGGAACCCUAUCUCUCUACAACUGUGCCUCUGCCGGCAUGUCCGACUCCGAAGAGCUCGAGCUCUUCGAGCAGGACGACAUCGGCCUCUCGUCGGACGACUCGCGCGACGAGCGGCGCGGCGGGCACCGCUUCGGGCGCCUGGGCGCCGACAGCGACGACGAGGGCAGCCAGGCGUCCGGCGCCGAGGACGACGUGCCGGCAGAUGUCACAGACGAGGACUACCGCAUCCUGCGCGCCACCGUCGUGGACAUUGUCUCGGCGCUCGGCGGCCUGGAGGAUGUGCUGGUGGACGGCGUGGUGGAGGCGCACUACUCCAUCGGCGACGACGUGCUGCGCUGCCUGCGUGAUCUGCGUACGCUCUGGCGGCAAGACGAGGACGAUGCGUCGCGCCUUAUCCCUCGCAUCUACGCCGAGGUCAACGUGCUGGAGAAGGGCCUCGUGCCUCUGCUGCUCAAGGCCGUUGGCCUCGGAGAGCGCGGCACGAAGAUUGCGCUCGCCUGCACCGACCUCAUCACCUCUCUUACCUGGCCGAUCGACGCGAUCGCCGAGCUGCGCGCCGCGGUGGAGCAAAACGAGGACAAGGCGCAGCUGGAGCGCCUCGCCAAGCUCACUAUCCUCGAGCGUGCGCUGAUUUCAUACAAGGCAGCCAUCCUGCGCGCGCGCUCGGGCGAGACGCACGGCUCGGAGCACGAUGUGCUGCAGACGGUCAUGCUGCACAUCCUGCUGCCCUCGCUGUCAAAGCCGCGGCCGCUGCGCACGGAGCGCGACACGGGCACCAUCAGCAUGUGUCUGCACCUCUUCCGCAACCUGCUCGCCAUCAAGGACCCGCUUGCAUCGUCGCUGAGCAGCAACGAAACGAUUGCGGCGUCGCGCCUACAGAGCGACCUCGUCGUGGCGCUCGACAAGGCGCACAUCCUCGACACCCUCCUCAUGCUCGCCUCGAGCUCGGAAACGCGCGAGCUCGAGCCGUGGAACGCGGUCACCGCCGAGUGCAUCUACCAGAUCUUCUCGGGCACAAAGGCCGUGCUGCUCGUGCCGAGCGCCGACCAGACGCCUGCGGCCCCGGAGCCGCAAGUGUCCGGUGCUGCGCCCGCUGCCGUCCAGCGCAAGCCUCGCCCCGCGUCUGCGUCCGCUCUUGCGUCCUCGCUCAAUGCCGAGGCCAGCCAGCGCCGCGCCGCGCUGAUGCAGAACGGCCCGACGCGGCACUCGCGCUUCGGCACGGCGCUCACCUUCACGGGCACCGACGGCCGGCGACGCGUCUCGCGCACGCAGGCGUCGCUGCGCAAGACGUCUGAGCAGCUCACCGAGGAGGCUGCCGCUAAGCAGAAGCGCCGCCCCUCUCGCCGCAAGGCGGUCAGAGAGAAGGGCGCGGCGAGACUGAAGACGGACUGGACCAAGGAGGCACGCGCGGUGCUCACGCGCUGGGCGGCAGAGUUCCUCAGAGUGGGCUUCGAGCCCCUCACGCGCUCUGUCCUUCACGACGUGCGCAAGGAGAACGCCAAGGUCGGCAACGUUGACGAGGCGCGCGUGCGCAUCAUGCAGCUCGCCGUCUUCUUCCUCGACUUCUUCCUGCUGCAUCGCGCCGCCUCUGCGCAGCAGGUGGCAGCUGCGCGCAAGGCUCAGCAGGAGCAGGCCAAGGCAGCGGAGGCUCGCCGCUUGGACAAGGGCAAGGGACGCGCGAUUGACCCGCCGGAGCAGGGCGCCUCUGCUGUGGACGGUGCGGCGGCGGCAUCGGCAGCCCCAGCAGUGCCGGACGCACAGCCCGAAGCCACUGCCAAGAACGACUGGACCUUCGCGCUCGUCGGCUUCUGGCUCGAGCCCUGGGCCUUCAAGAUGGCUACGAUCCGCUCCGAGUUCGCACUCGAGGCCCGCGAGUGGCUCGAGUACGUGACAGCGGUGCAGCUCUGGACGGUGCUUCUGCGGCUCGUCGACUCGAUGGCGCACAGCGGCGAUGCGACGCAGCAAGACGUCGCCGAGGGUUUGCAGGCGCAGCUCUACUACGAGAAGAACACGCUGGACAUGUGCCAGCGCAUCGCGCGCAGCUACAAGAGCCAGAGCUUCUCGUGCCUUGAGGCGGUGAUCAGCUUUGCGCACACGAUGCCGCGCAUGCUCGAGCGCUACUCGUCGAACAAGGAACACCUCUUCAUCCGCGCCCGCGCUCGGGUGAAGCGCGCCAAGGCUCGCGGCGGCGCAGACGAGGCGGACCUGGCCGAGAUGCAGCAGGACGCCAACGAGCGCGCCGAGGCGACGUAUCAAGAACGCCGCUUCGAGUUUGCUCGCUUCCAGAACGAGCUGUGCAAGCCCGAGGUGGCCGAUGCAAGCCUUAACUACCUGGCGCGCUGGCGUGACUACUCUACGCCCGCCGAGCAGCUCGCCAGCGUCGUGGGCAUCAUGCAUCGCAUUGCGGUCAAGGCCGGCCGGCACGACCUCUUCUUCCCGCACGACGUGCGCCAGACCUUGAAGGCGCUGCUGUCGAGCCCGAUGGUGCCUGCAAUGGAGGCGACGGCGCCGACAACUGCGCGCGACGCGAAGAAGCUCAUCGAGUACAUCCUCAAGCGCUACGAGAAGCUCACGCCUGAGCAGCAGACAAAGUACGCCAUGGGCAAGGGCCGCACGCGCGAGCUCAAGGCCAAGAAGAUGCCGCGCGAGAUCCACGUGUCGCCGACGCGCGGCCACGUGGGCGACGUCGGCAUUGCCGUCGGCCUGCUCGCCAAGCUCGGCAAGGUGCGCGACAUCAUGUGGGUCAAGGAGGCGCUGGAGCUCGCCAGCGCCGAGCGCACCGAGAUCGUGCUCAGCACGGACGGUGCCGCCGCGCGUGCCCGCUCCGAGGAGCGCGACGACUGGGACGACCUCGACCGCCGGCGCGCGCCGCAGUCCGCGCUCGACUCGAACCACCUGCCGUCUGACGCGGCCGUCGCCAAGUUCACCUCGUUCAUCAUGUCGUAUCCGAACGCCGAGGUGGCGAACGACGGCUGCAUGCUGUCCGAGCUCAAGAUGCUCUGCCGCCUCGUCGGCCUGGAGAGCGAGAGCAGUGAGUCGCGAAACAAGAUGCGCUGGAUCGUCCCUGCAGAGGUCCCUCCGGCGCACCUCGACGCCGAGGUCGCCUACAUCGAGGAGUUCAUGCGCUCGCCGUACGACACGGAAGGCGCUGAGCUGCGCUCGUUCGUGCGUGUGGUGCCAAAGCCCCGCGCGAAGAAGACGGCCGCCGAGAGGGACGCGGAUGAGGAGGAUCCUUCGGGCUACGACACGUACGGCAGCGGCGUCGUCUCGGACAACGACGACGGCACAGAGGCGCAGAACGCCGCCCGCUCGCGCAAGGAGGCUGCGGCCGAGCUGCGCAAGUCGCGCAAGCGCAAGCCUGGCAAUGCCGCGCCUCGGCCGCGCAAGAAGAAGGCGGGCCCGACGUGGACGGCAGGCGACUUCAUCGAGGACAGCGACGAGGAGAUGGCGCAGGCGCAGGCCAUCCUCGAUGCUCGCGCCAACGCCGCACUCGCUGCCGAGGCCAACGCUUCUCGCGCCGCCGCCAUCUCGGACAGCGACUCUGGCUCGUCUGCCUCGACGCGGCGCCGGGCUCGUGGACCAGCUCGUCCGCGUCCGACAGCGCUGGCUCGCAUGGACGGCACGCACGUCUCGCCUGCACGCUCGACGCCCAGCAGGGCAGGCAGCACACCGCCGACGAGCUCGCCGGCGCGCGACUCGCCGGCGCCGGCAAAGACGCGCAAGCUGCGCCCCAGCGGCGGCCUGUUCUUCGGCGGCAUGGACUCGGACGAGGAGGAUGCGGCGAUGAGCGACGCCGAGCUGCGUGCCGACUCGCCAUCUCCGGCUGUGCGCAGCGCCACGCAGGUCAAGCGCCCGGCCAUGCUUGAGUCCGACGACGAGGCAUCGGCGCAGGAGGAGAGCGCACCCACGGCGCAGCUGGCCAAGCGCCGCCGUGCGGCCGUGCUGGACUCUGACGACGAGUAG